AACGCGUAUAGAGCUGUCUGCUGACCUGCCGUAUCAGAAUUACAACUGUGAGAAACUGAACGUAGGGUUGCGGUGCUCUGCUGUAUUCCAACGCGUCAAACGGGGUUAUUUAGCCGUUUAUAUAUUUUUCAAAUAAUCUUACACAGAAAUUCACGGAAGAACUCAGCUUUGUAAAAGUGUAAGUUACAUCUAGGUCCUGAGGCGCCCAGGCUGUGCCUCUUGGUGCCUCCCUUUGUCGCUGUAGAAACAAGAUGGCUCCCGUUUUGGAGAAGAAGCUCCUGGGCGCAACCGGGGCUGGCGACACCAUGGAAAAUAACACCGAGGAUGAAGAGGGACAGAACCUUUGGUCUUCAAUUCUUAGUGAAGUUUCUACACGGUCAAGUUCUAAACUGCCAUCGGGAAAGAACAUAUUGGUGUUCGGAGAGGAUGGGUCAGGAAAGACGACACUCAUGGCGAAGCUGCAGGGAGCAGAGCACAACAAAAAAGGCCGUGGCCUGGAGUAUCUCUACCUGAGCGUCCACGAUGAGGACAGAGACGAUCUCACACGCUGCAAUGUUUGGAUCCUGGAUGGGGACCUGUACCACAAAGGUCUGCUGAAGUUCGCAGUCUCGCAGGAGACGCUGAAGGACAGCCUGGCGGUUCUGGUGGCAGACAUGAGCCGGCCUUGGACCAUCAUGGAGUCCCUGCAGAAGUGGGCCAGCGUGCUGAGGGACCACCUGGACAAACUCAAGAUCCCACCAGAGGAGAUGAGGGAGAUGGAACAGAGUAUGGUGAAGGCCUUCCAGGAGUACGCGGAGCCCGAGGACAGCACGCCGGCAUCACCCCAAAGACGAGCGCCUGCGGCUGGGGGAGAAGAUGAGGGAGUGCUGCUCCCUCUUGGAGACAACGUCCUCACACACAACCUGGGCAUUCCAGUGCUAAUAGUUUGCACAAAGUGUGACGCAGUCAGCGUGUUGGAGAAGGAGCAUGACUACAAAGAGGAGCACUUUGACUACAUCCAGUCCCAAUUGAGACGAUUCUGCUUACGAUACGGAGCUACCUUGAUCUACACCUCUGUGAAGGAGGAGAAGAACCUGGACCUCCUCUACAAAUACAUAGUGCACAAACUCUACGCCUUCCACUUCGCCACGCCCGCCUUAGUGGUAGAGAAGGACGCAGUGUUCAUUCCGUCCGGAUGGGACAAUGAGAAGAAGAUCGCCAUCUUGCACGAAAACGUCUCCAACUUAAGACCUGAUGACCCGUUUGAAGACGUCAUCGGGAAGCCACCGGUCCGGAAGUUGGUGCAUGAUAAAGAAGUGUGUGCUGAGGAUGAACAGGUCUUCCUCAUGAAACAGCAGUCCCUGCUAGCCAAACAGCCUGCCACACCCACAAGAGGAACAGAGUCGCCUGCACGGGCCGCCUCUGGCUCGCCCCGGCCCACCGGUCGCCCAGGCCCCACUAACGUGGCUAGCGUAUCGCCCAUGACGACGGUGAAGAAGCCGGACCCCAACAUGAAGGGGGCGGCAGCGAACGAGGGAGUGCUGGCCAACUUCUUCAACAGCCUGCUGAGCAAGAAGACCGGCUCCCCCGGAGCCCCUGGCUCACCAGGGACCCCAGGCGUCCAGGGCUCUGCCAAGAAAACAGGGCAGAAGCCGGUUUUGACUGACGUCCAGGCGGAGUUGGACCGUAUGACUCGCAAACCCGACGCCAUGGUAACGGCCAACAACACCCCAACGACAGAGAACGAGGCGUGACCGCACUAACAGCAACGUCCUUCAAACGAAAAACCCUGGAAAAACAAACAAAUCAAACAAACAAACAAAAUUACAGACAACAAACACACUCACCGACAUGCAUAUAUAAGCAAAAAAGAAACAACUUUGACCGUAUGACCAAAACUCCCCAAAGCGUAUGUCCAGUUUGCAGCUGAGCUCGGUUUGGUCCGAGUUAGCGGGAAUGCUAAUCAAGCAAUUGCAUUGAUUAGAAUGAAAGGACGGGGAAUGUAUUGGAUUGAAGAGAGAGGGGGGGAGAAGUCCUAAAGUCUUGGCGGAGUUCGUUCUUGUUUCAUCAACCCUAAUGUUCUCUCUCUCGUUCAUAAUAAUUUUUAACCCCCUUUUUUGAGUCAUGCAAGGCUGAGUGAGUGAGGGAAACACUUCAACUCCCCGGGAAGGGAAACAAAAUCACAUGUCCCGUUAUUUUUUAUUUAAAUUUUUCGCUUGGUGAGGGGAGCUAGUUUUUGCUCGUUCGUCCUGCCGUCUGCUGCGUCCCUCUUAGCCAGUACCAUCCAUCCGCAGCUUCCUGGUCCGCGCAUCCUAACCUCCAACCAACUGCUGUGGCCUCAGGGGUCUUCCUCCGAAACGCAUUCUCCAAUUUGUUCCAUUUACUCAAACACAAAAUGUUAUGUAGUGUGUAUGAAAUCAGAUGAUUUAUCAAUACUGUUUGUAUUUAUAAUGGAAAAUCCAAUCUUUUUUUUUUUCUCCUCCCUUUUGUUUAGUUUUUCCUCCCUAAAUGGUUCAAUUUGAUUUUUGAUCAUAAAGUGUUCAGCUAGCACAUUUAACUCCACUUACUGUAUGACACUAAAACGGAACACUCCUACUGGCCAAUAGCAUAACGAGUGGCUACCUGUCCGAGGGCCAAUCAGACACCACUGAGGAUCCUGUAAAUAUAUUGAGAAGAAAACAAAUAUUUGCUAUACAAGCUUUUUUUUUGUUUGAUUUUUGUACAAAACAAAUGCAAUUAUUUUAGCAAAAUUAUGAAGUGCUUCAGAAUGAAGUCUGAAUUGGGAAGAGGAGGAGUUGAGUGGUUUAGCAUGGCAAAUCUUUCUGUUCCCAUGGCUACAGGUGUAUGCAUGUUUUUGAGUGAAGGCGCCAGGACCGCUUUACCUUCAAAAGAAACAAACAAAAAACAAAACUCCCAAAGUGCCUGGCACAUUGUACUGUUUGUGUCGUAGUAGGGGUGCUUGUCUCGUGGAGAAUUGCACUGUAGUACAGACAGCAAUGGUUUUCUUUUUCUUAUUUUUGUCCACAUCAGUUUCCAAUUAAUUUAUUUUGUUUCAUUUGUUUUGUACUACUUACGUCUGGUCUUUGUUUGAUUUGACUAUUUUUGCUUCCAUUGGUGGCCUAGACAUUGUUCAGCUGAGCAAUAGAGAGCAUGCCUUUCUUUUUUUUUUCUUCUUUUGUUUGAAUAGUCAAGUAGGUAAAAGUGGCUUAACUAGGCCGUUAGCUGCACAAGCAUUAGAACCAACUGUAGAGAAAGAACCUACGUGCCCUAGAGGAACACACUCAUGUGGCUCCGCCUACUUGUGUAAUAUCUCAAUGCCGCCAGGCCAGGUGUCACAGGACGUUGAUUUGUGCGAUAUUUAAAAAAAGAAAUGGCUUUGUCCUCACACAUGAAUGAAAGACGAAAUGUUAUUUGUGUACUUUUACUCAAAUCAAAUGUUGCUUUUUAUAUAUAUAUAUACAUGUUAUAUAAACUCAACUGUACUGCAGUUCAUGUUGAAAAGAAGACAUUCCCAGCACUACACCAUGUAGAUGUAGAAGCGUGUCCCCAUUUGAAGACUAGUUUUGGCUGUAAUGUUUUCCAUAUUUCUCUGCCUCCCUCUGCAUCUCUCUCUUGCGCGCUCUCUCUCUGUGAGUGUGAGUGAGUCUGUGUCUGAGUGAGAAUGAGAGUGAGGAUGAGAGUGGCUCAUCCCCUUUGCCAUCAGUGCAGUUGCUCCGUACUCUCUGUCUGUACUCAGGGUAGAGCCUUAACUCACCCCCCCCCCCCCCCCCAAACGCCAGCCUUGCCCUCUGCCUCUUCAUGCCCACGCCAUGCAGUCUGCAGCCACAGCCAUGUUCACGUUUUGCAGUGUAUUAUGGAGUCAGAUGCCACCAUAUCAAAGAACAGAUACACCAGAGAACUGCAAAUAUUAUUUGGCUCAUCAGGGUGUUUUGUACAAGCACAGGUAGUUUAAAACCUCAAAACUCUUUUUUCCUCCAUGUUCUGGUGAUGCAAACGUUCCAUGUUCUGGUGAUGCAAACGUUCUCCUGUGGUUACUUUGUUUUUCCCUUUGCCUUCUCUGUUCAAGCUUUGAACUCUUUUAACAUGACAGCGCAGCUAUGUGGCUUCUUACUAACGACAACCACAUCUUUUCAAAAAAAUGGACAAAAAAAGGAAUCUGCUGAGAAAUUGGAACCAAAGACCUAACUCCCACUUGUGUUUUUAGACUGUGUAGCGUCUGUGUAGAGUAGCGUUCCCUCCGUCUCUUGCCGAGCUUCUUAUUCCAAAAUGGAUUUUGUGCCUCCUGGGGUGGUCCGGAAUUUAACUCCGGAGCCUUGGGGUUCAACUCUGUGUCAUUUUAGCUCUUUCUAAGGGAAAAAAACCCACAUUGUAGUAGUGCAGUGUCUACUUUUUUUUCUUUUUCCUUUUUUAACUGACUGAUCAGUAGAUGAGGUAGAAAGAACAAAGAAAAAGAGAAAUCAGUAUAGGUGAAGAACGCAUCCAGACUUCUGCCCCCCCCCCCCCCCUUUAUUUUCUUUUCCUGUUGUAACCUAAUCAGAAUGCAGUGCUUAGCAACCACCUGCACCAAGGAUGAGCAUUUAUCACUGAUUUUCAGGCUAAAUACUGUAACACAAGAUUUGCUGCUUUCAUGUCAGAUCCAAUGCACUUCAUUGGGCCUGAGGCUAAAAUCAACCCUUCCUUCCAGCUACAGAGUGAAAUCCAGUGAAAUGCUUAAAAAAAAAACACCCUGUCUGCCCUUUGGUAAUCUGUUGAUGAAUUUACUCAUAAAAUAAAACUGAAAUGCACUUAAACAUAGAUUUUUUAUUAUUAUUAUUUCUGUGUGUUUUCCGUGUGAACAACACUAUCCCUGUUUGGAUGGUCUACACAUCUUAAAUGGCUUGCUAUAAAUGUACCUCUGCUCUCCAGGGAUGUCAUGCCAGUAGUCUCAUUUAUGGGGGGCGGAGGCAGGUAGAGGGAUAGUCUUAAAAAUGAGAAUGUCAUGUCUCUGUGAGUGUAAUUCAACAGUUGAAGUUAAUUCAAGUCCUUGUCAGUCUUUCAGUUGUAUUUUGGUUUUCCAAUGAGUCCUUUCCUGUGGAAACGCCUCCCAACACUCUUCUGUUUGUUAGCCAGUUUCCAGCACAUACACAAACUAUUCUUGAUUUCAACAAAGGAAUCACUUCACAUGGUUAAUAUAAACCAGACAUUUGAGGCAUGGUAACAGAGUGCAGGCCUUUGGGUUGCCUGUAGUCAACGCCCAGUUCUAUUGUUGAAACAUCUGCUUUCUCAAGGAGAACAAUCUCAAAUGACAAAACAAAAACAAGUCAACAGUCAUCACACAAACUCCCCUAUUUGGCCUCACCAUAGUGGCGCAUUGGUGCCCCUUAGGUUUUGGUUUGAAGUUUAUCCUUUCUUUUUUUCUAAUGGCACAUAAUGCAACCACAAAUCAACCCAGUUCUGUUCUGCUUCAGUACCACCGGACUGGAACGUAACUGCACUGUGCUCUUAAUCCUACUGAUAUGCAUUUGCCCCUGCAAAGAGAAAUGUUCAAGUAUAGAAGUUAAAAUAAAAAAAGCUUUUGCUUCCAUUCCUUUUAUAUAUGGGACUAAACAUACAUUUUAACCACCAGGAGGACUGGAUGUGUCUCUGUGUUUGUUACAUCAUGCACACGCCAACAAAAGUCUGAACUGUAUGGCUUUAAUCUGAUGCAUUAUUGUGGAAGUUCGCUUAUAGUGCGGGUAAAAUUAAAGGAAAUGUGUCUCAGUCCAUUGGCUUCAAUAAAGUAAGAAUCCAGAGCGAUGGAUUACCUGG